ACAAUUUUUGGAUUGGGGAUGACGUGUAAAAUUUGUGGAUAUAAUUCCUCCGUAUUUCUUUUAAUCCACACAACGCACAAUACACACAUCCACACACGCCACCGUCACCGUUGUAUUCUUCCAUGACGCUUACAAGUGAAGAAGUCAACAUUAUAGUAUAUCGAUAUUUACAGGAAUCCGGCUUCCGACAUUCUUCGUUCGCAUUUCAAUACGAAAGUCAAAUACAAAGAUCGCCUUAUUUCGAUGUCAACAUACAACCGGGAACCCUUAUCAAUGUCAUUCACAAAGGAUUACAGUUUAUGGAGAUUGAAGCGCAUAUGAGCGAGGACGGCGAAUUAUUGGAAUGCACGAACCCAUUUUCCCUACUUGAACCACACCAAUGCGAUCUUACGGGUAGAAGUUUAAAUGAACGUUCCGAACCGUCGCCAAAUCCUACCGCGAAGCGACAACGAAAAGAAGAAAGAAGAGCACAAAAAGAACGAGAGAAAAGAGCACGGAAAGACGUGGAAACGACCGAAUCCGACGCGCCACCAGCAUCAACAAGUUCAAGUAUAACUGCUUCGACGCCUGCUGCUGCUGCUGCUCCCGCCCCCGCUGCUCCCGUCAAUGGUCAUACGGUGAAAGAAGAAGCUGACGUUGUGAUGAACGAUACAACAAACGACGAGAAAGAAGGCAUGGCAAAACCACGUGAAACGAUCGAUCCCAACGAUAUCAUUGUUCUAGAAGGUCAUCAAAAUGAAGUAUUUUCAUGUUCAUGGAAUCCCGUCGUACCCAAUCUGUUGGCAUCAGGCUCUGGUGAUGCUACGGCAAGAUUAUGGCAAAUUGGUGAUGGAAAGGAUCAGGUAUCCAAGCCAAUUGUGUUAAAUCACUUACCGAAUCUGAACGAUAACAAAGACGUCACUACCCUCGAUUGGAAUCCAUCAGGCACGCUGCUAGCUACAGGAUCCUAUGAUGGUCAAGCACGCAUAUGGACACAGAAAGGUCAAUUACGAUUCAUGAUGGCGCAUCAUCGAGGACCUAUCUUUUCACUAAAAUGGAACAAACGGGGUGAUCUGGUACUGAGCGGCAGCGCGGAUACGACAACGGUGGUGUGGGAUCCAGAAGCGGGUGAAAUGAAACAGCAGUUUGAGUUACACACCCCCAUUUUGGAUGUGGACUGGAUGGACAAUAGCACGUUUGCUUCUUGUUCAUCCGAUAAGACGAUUUAUAUUUGUCGUGUUGGACAGACGAAGCCAUUGAAGAAAUGGGUGGGUCACGAGGAUGAAGUAAACGCGGUGCGUUGGGACCCUACGGGACGCUAUCUAGCUUCUUGUUCAGACGAUAUGACGACAAAGAUUUGGUCUUUAUCAUCGGAUCAACCUAUUCAAGAGAUUCGAGGACAUCGAUUGCAGAUUUACACAUUACAAUGGGCGCCAUAUCAGGAAGAGAAUACGGAUGCACCGAGAAUCCUGGCCACGGCUAGCUUUGAUGCUACGGUGCGUUUAUGGGACGCUCUCACGGGUACAUGUUUGCAUGUGCUGCAAAAUCACACAGAGGCAGUCUAUUCGAUCUCCUUUAGUCCCGAUGCCAGAUUGCUGGCCACUGGCAGUUUCGAUGAAGUAUUAAAUGUCUGGAACGCCAAGGAUGGCACACUUCAAAAAACUUUCAAAGCCAAUGGCGGUAUUUUUGAAGUCCACUUCAAUAAGGAUGGUGAUAAGCUUGCGGCAUGUACAUCGAACAAACAGGUUGUCAUUCUGGAGGAUAUGAAAUCAUAAGUUUAUUCAUUCUCAAAAACUCCUAUUCUUUUUUCUUCUUCUUCUUCUUUUACUCUAUCGCCUUGCCCCUUUUGCUUACAGCCCUCAUAUAUUUUGUUCUUUGUGUGUUUAAUAUUACGUGUUCUUUGUACUAUUGGAUUUUCGAAAUGCAAACGGUAUGGCUUGAUAGAUCGUGUAAAACUUUAAAACCAAAGCGAUAACUGCCAAUAAUAUAAAAAGAAUGUCACGACAAAUCAACCAAACGGACUAAGCCCAUCUCUCGAAUCACAGUCAGUGACUUUGGGUUAUCGAAAUGU